UUACUAAAACUACCGUUUUCUCUGCUGAAACGUAAACGAAGUGUUCAUCCAUUGUGGCAAGAGGGGGACGAAUUUGUAUAUUAGGGCUUUAUUUAUGUAUAUAUUUAUUUGCUUAAGGUUCAGUUCUCUAUUAAUUCCUAGUUUGUUCUAGGGGUUAUCAGUCGAUGAGUUAAUGUUAUUGAGUGCUUAAUUUUGUGGGUAAUCCCAAAGGAUUUAAUCAAUUAUCUCCUCGAGAAGCUUAAAAGAAGAUACUGGAAGACAAAAUUCCUAUAUUAAUGGAGGAAAAUUAUGAACCUGCUCGGUGCAAUAAGAGAAGAGCCGAAGGAAGAGAUAGGAAGGGUGCACCCAGACUCCUUGAACGGAAAGUUCCGAAGAUAGACCCUCUCAGCACGACCUGCUAUGUCCAGAUAUUGGGAACUGGAUUAGAUACGCAAGACACUUCACCAUCGAUUUGCUUGUUCUUCGAUAAGCAGAGGUUUAUUUUUAAUGCUGGAGAGGGGUUGCAGCGAUUCUGCAGUGAGCACAAGAUCAAGUUAUCCAAGAUUGGUCACAUAUUUGUUUCUCGUGCCUGCUCAGAAACGACAGGUGGACUAGCAGGUCUUUUGUUGACUUUGGCUGGGAUAGGAGAUAAAGGGAUGUCAGUUAACAUAUGUGGUCCUCCGGGUCUCAAAUGUUUAAUAGAUGCUAUCAGUACCUUCGUUCCAAACAAUGCAGUGCUUCAUACUCAUAUCAUUGGUUCUACUUCAACUUCCAAUGGAGGUGCUAUUUUUGACAGUGAAAUAUUGGAAGAACCUACUACUUCGACUUCUAAUGGAGCUCCUAUUUUUGAUAGUAACAGACUAUUUAAAGAACCUAUAGCUAUAUUUGCUGAUGAGGUCGUGAAGAUAUCGGCUCUUCUCUUAAGACCAAGUUGUUCCCCACCAUCAAAUCCUUCAUUUCCAAAACCUCUUGCAUCACAUUCACAAAAUUUAGACAGGGCAAAGCUAAAGCCUGGUGAUAUUUCUGUUAUAUAUGUUGUUGAAUUAUCCGAAAUUAUCGGAAAAUUUGAUCCUAACAAAGCGAUGAAGCUUGGACUUAAACGGGGAUCAAAAUUUCGUGAUCUGCAACUUGGACAAUCAGUCCAGUCAGACUAUCAAAAUAUCACAGUUCAUCCAAGUGAUGUAAUGGGUCCCUCAGUUGCUGGUCCAAUUGUGCUCCUUGUGGAUUGCCCAACCCUUUCUCAUUUGCAGCAAAUGGUAUCCCUACAGUCACUCAGUAGUUACUUCGAUGGCGUUAAGAUUGUGAGUUGUGUUAUUCACUUGAGUCCAUCAUCUGUCACACUGACCGCCGAGUACCAAACAUGGAUGAGAAGAUUUGGUGGAGCCCAACACAUUAUGGCUGGCCAUGAGAAAAAAAACAUGGAGAUCCCAAUUCUGAGAACAACUACAAAAAUGGCAGCUCGACUAAAUUAUCUAUGUCCCAACUUCUUUCCAUCAUGUGGAUUUUUGGAUCGUCCGGAUAUUUACAUGUGUGAACAAGAUAGCAUCGCAUCAAAAAUGGUUUCUGUCCCAAGUCCAACUAAAAGUGUUGCAGCUGAAAAUCUUCUCAAGUUCCAUUUGCGUCCCUGCUCACUGUUUGGGUUGGAUACGUCUACAGUACCAAAGUUGUUGACCCGUACAGAGGUUAUUGAUGAUCUUCUCUUUGAAAUUCCUGAGAUAUCAGAAGCUGCAAUUGAAAUUGGCAAUUUUUGGAAUAAGUCUGAAACUAAUCUCCCUAGUUGUUUGGAAAACAUAACUAGAGAAGAGAUGGAAAUUGUUUUUCUAGGAACUGGAUCAUCCCAGCCUUCAAAACAUCGCAAUGUUAGCUCAAUCUUCAUUAAUCUUUUCUCUAAAGGAGGUCUGCUCAUAGAUUGUGGUGAGGGAACUCUUGGGCAGUUGAGAAGAAGGUUUGGUGUAGUGGGUGCGAAUGAUAUUCUGCGAGGUUUGAAAUGUAUUUGGAUUUCCCAUAUGCAUGCAGAUCAUCACACCGGUCUGGCAAGUAUUCUCGCUCUCCGGUGCCAAUUGCUAAAAGGUACAAGUCAGGAAAAAAUAUUUGUUAUUGCACCAACACAGUUGAAGAAUUUCUUAGAUGUACACCAAUGUGCCGAGGAUCUAAAUAUGCAGUUCCUUUAUUGUGGAAGAACGAUGGAUGUUGAGUGUGAGGGUAUUGAGAGUUACCAUAACGGACCAGGAAGUCUUGGCGAAUUAACCGCGGAUUUUGAAAUUCAACAAAAGUUGAAAAAGCUGUUAGGUGAAGUAGGUUUGGAAGCUCUUAUCAGUGUUCCUGUCAUUCAUUGUCGAGAUUCAUUUGGUCUUGUUUUAAAGGCUGUAGAGAGACAUGAUGCUGAUGGUAAAACUAUACCUGGGUGGAAACUUGUUUACUCUGGUGAUACUAGACCUUGCAAAAACCUGAAGCAUGCGUCUAACGGAGCGACGGUUCUUAUACAUGAGGCAACGUUUGAAGAUAAUAUGGGGGAAGUGGCUAUUGGGAAGAAUCACAGUACAACGAAGGAAGCUAUUGAUAUUGGUGGGGGUGCAUACCGCGUCAUCCUCACGCAUUUCAGUCAGAGGUAUCCAAAGAUUCCAGUUUUUGAUGAGGUUGAGACAUGUGCGCGUAAAACAUGCGUCGCUUUCGACUUUAUGAGUGUUAACAUAGCAGAUUUGCCUGUGCUUCCGAAGAUUCUUCCCCAGCUCAAACUCUUGUUCAAAUAUGAAGUGAAUGCUGAAGAAUUUCAUGAUGUUUGAGACCAUACAAUCUCAAAAAGUUUUUUCUUAACAAAGGAACAAACUUAUAUUAAACAUUCAAAUAUGUUACAUCGUGAUUUAUGUGAGAGACUAACAUUUCGGGUGGAUGAAACCACCAUUCCCCACAUAAAUUUUGUUCAUGAGCUGCCUUAGUUAAAGCAUACGCAGCUUUAUUACA